CAGAUUAGAUUUAUUAGAAAAGCAUAUACCAACAUGUCCAGGACCAAGUAAAGCACCACAACGAUUAAUCCUUCCUGAAGAGGAUGGGACUACACAAAAACCAGUAAUUAAUCGAGAAUCAGAAAAUAUAAUAAAAGACUUAAUGAAAAACCUUCAAGAAAAUCUAGAAGUUAUUUUAGAUAAGUUUCGUGAAAUAGUUCCAUGUGAAAAAAUGACACCUGAAUUAUGGCAAAAAUAUCAAACUGCAAACAAAUGUUGGAUAUGUGAAGAAAAAUUACAUGAAGCUGGAUAUAAUAAAAUUCGUGUAUUCGAUGCUGAAACCAAAAAAUAUUUGGAUGCUUCGCAUAGAAAAUGUCACGGGAAAAAAUCAAUGAUUCAAGACGAGGAAAAAAAUAGAGUGAUAGAUCAUGAUCAUAUUACAGGAAAGUUUAGAGGUCCUGCUCAUAGUGGAUGUAAUAUAAAAUUACGAAUCAAUCCAGAAACAAUAAAAAUUCCAGUAUUAUUCUGUAAUGGAAGUGGUUACGAUUUUCAUCAUCUAAUGCAAGAAAUAGCAAAAGUGACAGAUGAAAAAAUAGUGCCUAUAGCAAAUAAUUCUGAGCAAUAUAUUACCUUUUCAGUUGGCCAACUUCAAUUUAUUGAUAGUUUAAAAUUUUCAUUACCUGGUUUAGCUAAGAUGGCAGAAAACUUACGCGAUGAAAAGAAGGGCCAAACUAAAACACCAGAACAACUAGCAAAAUGUUUUCCAAUUAUGUCAAAAUUCAUCUCACCUCAUUUACUAUUAUUGCUUACACGUAAAGGAAUAUUUCCGUAUCAAUGA